GUCUUGGUCUACACCCUUUCCAACACGAUCCUCUCUGUGAACUGCCAUGCUUUUCGCUUGGCUUUGCCGUGGCUAACAUCACCCUUACACCUGAAAAAUGGAGCACUGGGGUUCCUUCCCAUGGUGGAGAUGACGUUCCUUCUUGUUUCCGGCCUUGCCUCUGCGAAAAUUGUCUUCGUGCGGCCUGAGCAGUAUCACCAGCUCCUCACGGCUUUGCUGCUUUGGCUUAGCACUUUCUUUGCACUGCUGCCGCUGUGCUGUGAGACGAUGGCCGCGAUGGUGGUUGCCUAUGUGGCCAUGAUCCUUCCAAGACCAUGGAUUUGGCAUGUGGCUGCUUUGCUUGUGGCAAACCUGCACGAGGAUCUGAGCAAGAGCAGCGCAGCACAGAGCUUUGCCCAGGGAGGCUUCGCACUUGGCUCCGUGGUGGUCGUCCUCGGAAACCAGCUGUCUUCCACAGGGCUUAGCCCUGUGGCGACUUGUGUCAUCGGAGCCGUCAGCGUGGUAAUGUCAGCAGUGUUCUUUGUGAGCCAGUGCUUGACAGCAACAACGCGGCGGACUGCCAGCCGUCUUCCUUCUCGCCGCGUGUCCGGGUCCAAAUUGUCCAAAUGGCCAUGCAGCUUCACCCUGGCAUGUUGCCUUUUGGCAUGUCUGGCCGCGGCAGUAGGUGGUCGGGCUGGCGACAUGCAUCCGGAGGUCAUGCGUGACUUGAAGUUUGACGUCACUGCCUCGGCGGCGUGCAAAGUGACCUUCUACACGUUUCUCGCGCUGAGCCGCAUGGUUCUGGCUCCCAGCAUCUUGUGGUGCUAUGAGUUAAGGCCAAGUUCCGUCAUAAUGGCGGGUUCCGGCCUCGGUCUGCUCUCCUGUAUCCCGGCGCUGAUCUGGCCUACACAUCUUCUGGCGGUCUUGGUGCUUGUGGCGGGCUUGGGAACGGGAGUCGGUCCCAUCGAGGCCAUGUGCAUCAGUAUGAUUAAGGAGUACAAGGAGCUGACAAGCAUCGAUAUGGCCUUGCUCUGUGUCUCUCUUACACUGGGGGCCGGUGCCGGUUCCCUGCCUGCUGUGGCAGGGAUCAUUCCGGGUCUUGGCGCUGGAUCUUUUUUCCUCGUGAAGCACGUGAUGUGCUGGCUACUGCUAGUCGUGACGCUGAUCGUCGACCGCUGCUUCCCCCAUAAUGAUGCCGAGGCACCUUGA